AUGUGGAAUACGGCGGACAUCAAUUUACUGAGUGGCGGAUUUGCUCAGUCAAUCUACCGUCGAUUCUUUCAGUGUACUGCCUGGCUGCUCUAUGGCAUUGCGCGCGUUUGUCAUUUCCUCAAGCUGCGCUACAAUGCCGAGCAUAUGCGCAUGGAGGAGAUUCAGUAUCAUCAUAUGAUCUCGAAGAUAGUCGUGACGGUUAAAUUUGUAUUCGUAUUAUUGGAUCUUCAGAGUUAUUUAGUGCUUACCCUGGUCUUAUGGCUACACAUUUUUCGAGUCGAGAACAGCGGCGGACAGAACUAUAUGAUUGGCUUGCUCGUCCAAGGCCUUAUCAUAUCUGACCUGCGCCGCAUAUUUAUUUUUUUGCAUUCAUUCGAUGAUCGAAAGUUGAUCAAGCAUAUAAUCAAUGAAAUCUUCUAUAUCACACAAACCAUAAAACGCAAGUUUGGCAUGAUUUAUCACUUUGAAAUGUGUCUAUUGUGCGUCUACUCUUGCAAACUGUAUUUGCUGUACAUAAUGCUAGAGGCCAUGUGGUAUCAUAUGACAUUUAUUUGGAUCAACUUCCUAUAUUGGUUGCUUCUCGAGUACUGUAUUCUUGGCUACUUCAUUUAUCAGUUGAUUCUACUCAACUGGUAUCGUAAUUUUAGCUAUUUCUUGCAACGAUUUCUCGAGUACAACCGGUAUACGAGCUGCAUAUCCGCUCACUACCAUCGUCGCCUGCUGUUGCUCUUUAAAUUGCAUUUACGCAUAAUUCAUCUGCAUAAAUGCAUCCAGGAGAGAGUCGCCUGGUUGCCUGCAGCGAUCUACUUGACCAUAUUCACGAGUAUCUUCAACAUGACCCUGUUCCUCGAAUGCAUUAUCUAUUCCGACGAUGAAAUCGAAGAUAAAAUGUACAUAAUUGCGGAUGGCUGUCUCGGCCCGGCAUUCAUACCAAUUCUCAAUGUGUUAAUCAUUGGCAUCUGCACAGAUCGCAUACGCAGCGAGGAGUUGGCAUUGCAGCAACAAAUUAUACUCGUUAAUAUUCUGUGUGUCCGCAAAGCCAAUCCAAACGAUUUUCGCCUAAAGGUUCUGAACAACGAGCACACUGCUCUAAUUGUCCAUCAGAAACUGGAGCCAUUGCAUAAUGUGAUCAUAUUGCAUACAAUCGGCGAUCGGGAAUUUGCCUUUGACUACUUCCUGACAGUGAUCGUAACCGCUCUCUCCUUUAUACAGUACACAGUGUCCACAAAUCGUGUUUACAAAGUGUGCGUAACGCACAAGUAG